CGAGCUGGGCGCAGCACCGGUGCCUGCCCUCCACGUGCUCCUCCAGCCUGGAGUUGCGGAUUGGUUUCGGGGUUCAUGAGUUUGUGCUGCCAUAAGCCCCUGUGAUGCCUUCCAGAUGCCGGACACUGGCUCCCGAAGCUCCCAGAAGAAGUCGUUUGGAUCUCCAGUCUAGGGGAGCCGGGGACCCAGAGGUUCUGCUGCUGACCCUUGUGACUCGAUCCACUUUGCUGUAAGCCAUGCUUCCAGAAUCUUCUGUUCAUUGUCAGCAGCAAGAAAGAAGGAAAAGAUCUCUGAAGGUGGUGUCAUUUGCUGAUGUGGCUGUGGACUUCAGCUGGGAGGAAUGGCAGGACCUAGACAUUGCUCAGAGGACCCUGUACAGAGAUGUUAUGCUGGAGACCUACAGCAACCUGGUGUCCUUGGGGUACUGUGUUCCUAAACCUAAAUUAAUUGUCAAGCUGGAACAAGAACCAUGGAUAGGAGAGGCCUCAGACAAGAAUUUCACAGAUGUCCAAGAAAUGGAGGAUGUGAUUAAGACCUGCCAGGAAAGUCCAUAUGCAUGUCUGUAUGAAGUAGCAGUCACAAAUAGUAACACAGUCGAGGAAAGAAUGAAAUUAUUGACAACUUUUAAUUUGAGCUCAAAACAUAAGCCAGAACUAAUUAGAAAUAAUGGGAAUUCCUUAGGGAUGAGGACUGAGGAGCUCAUUGAGUAUGGGAACAUGCUUCUCUCUAGUAAGCCUAAUGAAAUCCAUGCUGCGUGUAGGCCUGGUGUGUCUCCUCUAGUUUUAAAAUCCUUCAAAUAUUUGGGGCAUUUUAGUCAAAAUUACAAGUAUCCAAAUGAGCUGCAGUAUUUUGAAUAUGGUGGAGAAGGGGAGGUAUUAAAUUCUAAGAACAUAUUUUGUAGACAAAAUCAGAUUUGUUUGGGAGAACCCUCCUAUAACCCUAAUGAAUACAGAGAAUAUAGAGAAGACUGGGCUAAGUCAGCUCUCCUUGACGGAGAAAUACUUCUGGGAGAAAGGAAAACACCUGAAGGUACUAUAUGUGCAAAUACAUUUCACUUAAGACCUAUAGUCACUACACAUCACAAAAUGUACAUAGGAGAGUAUUCUCAUACAGGUAGUGAAUGUGAGAUAUCUUUUGGUAAGGAAAUACACCUUGACAAACCUAAGAGCAAAUGUCUGGAGAAGUCUGAUAAAUAUAUACAAUGUACAAAAUCUCUGUCUCAGAAGUCAGACCUGACUUUCCAACUUGAAACACCCACAGAAGAGAAACCCUAUCAAUAUGAGGAGUGUAGAAAAUUUUCCACUGUGAUGCCAGCUCUCGGCAGGCAUCAGAGAACUCACACGGGAGAGAAAUGUUAUGAGUGCAAUCAGUGUGGGAAGUCUUUCAGACUGAGGUCAUUUGUUGCUUUACAUCAGAGAAUGCACACAGUAGAAAAAUCUUACGAAUGUGACAAAUGUGGAAAGUCUUUCAGACAGAAUUCAUACCUCACUUUGCAUCAGAGAACACACACAGGAGAGAAACCUUAUGAAUGUAAAAAUUCUGGAGACUCUUUAUACUGCAAGGCGCAACUUGCCAUACAUCAGAGCACACACACAGGAGAGGACCCUUAUAACAGGCUUGGAAAGUCUUUCACCAAGAAGACAGAUCGUCAGAAAAGACACACAGGAGAGAAAUGUUAUGAAUGUAACAUAUGUGAAAAGUCUUUCAGACAUAAGUCAUGCCUCGCUCUGCAUCAGAUAAAACACACGGUAGAGAAACCUUACGAAUGUGACAAAUGUGGAAAGUCUUUCAAAUAUAAGUCAUCCCUCUCUCUGCAUAACAGAACACACACUGGAGAGAAACUUUAUGAAUGUAACUGGUGUGGAAAGUCUUUCACCAAGAAUACAAAUCUCAUUGUGCAUCAGAGAACACACACAGGAGAGAAACCUUAUGAGUGUAACAAAUGUGGAGUGUCUUUCACCCAGAAGUCACACCUUACUCUCCAUCAGAGACUGCACACAGGAGAGAAACCUUAUAAGUGUAACAAAUGUGGAAAGUCGUUCACCCGGAAAGAAUUCCUUCAGCUUCAUCAAAGAACACACACAGGAGAGAAACCUUAUGAAUGUAACAAAUGUGGAAAGUUAUUCAGACAGAAGUCAAGACUUCCUUUGCACCAGAGAACACACACAGGAGAAAAACCGUAUAAAUGCAACAUAUGUGAGAAGCUUUUCAGAUGUAAGGUAUCGCUCACUGUGCAUCAGAGAAUACACACAGGAGAGAAACGUUACGAAUGCAACAAAUGUGGAAAGGCCUUCACGCAGAGAUCUUACCUUGGCAGGCAUAACAGGAUUCACACAGGUGAGAAACCUUAUGAAUGUGACAAAUGUGGAAAGUUAUUCAGACAGAGUUCACAACUCAGCUCACAUAAGAGAAUUCAUGCACGUGAGAAAUUUUAGGAACAUAAAUCUGGAAGAACCCACACAGAAUGGAAGCAUGAAUGUAGCAAACAUGCAGUCUUACCCAGAAAUCACAGCUCAUACUUCAUCCUUGAACACCUGUAGGAGAGAAAUUUCAUUUAUGAGACAAAUGUGGAAAGUUUUGCAA